AGUGUGUAUACGAAAACCGGGCACAUACAUGCAUCCCGGAGCUGCUGCUGCCACCGCUGCGGCUACAGGCUGAGCCACAACACGCGGCUAUAAAGUCGAGGCCUGGCGAACUAUAGCCUUCAUUCCGAGUUAUACCGUUCUCCAGGAGGCUGUGGCUCGUUGGCUUCAUUCUCUCUCGCUCACUUCCUUACUCUCUUUCGUUCCCGUUGAAUCGAGUAUCAAUAUGCAGUGGAUAUUCGUUUUCGCAAUUCUGACAGCAGUCAACUGUCACCCGCCCGAAAUACUGUACUCCUGGGAUAAGCUCGACUAUAACUUUCCAAAUGAAUCAAUGAGAAUGGCAUAUAUCGCUUCCGGAGAUUUCAUUCAGGCCGACAACCUUCCAGUGGGCGUCAGCGUAUGGAAGGACAAAAUGUUCAUUACGGUUCCCAGAUGGAAGAAAGGUGUCCCAGCGAAUUUGAAUUAUAUCCAGAUGUCCACGACCACUGACAAGUCGCCGCCAUUGACGCCGUACCCAAGCUGGGAAGCGAAUGACGUUCACUCGACGAGUAACGACGUCAUAAUUAGCAUCUUCCGCACUAGGGUCGAUGCCUGCGAUCGGCUCUGGGGCGUUGACACUGGAAUCGAUGAUAUAUUGGGUGACACGAAAAUAGUGAGGCCGCCUCGUCUGAUUGUCAUCGAUCUGAAGACGGAUCAGAUAAUUCGUAGCUAUACUUUAAAAGAUUCGGAUCAGAAAGCUGACUCUUUCUUCGGCGACCUUGCUGUGGACGUAGACAAAGAUUCCUGCGACGACGCCUACGCUUACUUAUCUGAUCUUGGCGGCUAUGGCCUGGUCGUUUACAGCUGGGCGCAGAAUAAUUCCUGGAGAUUCCAUCACAAUUUCUUCCACUUCGAUCCGCUGAACGGCGACUUCAAUGUUACGGGAAUAAACUUCCACUGGACGGACGGCGUGUUCGGGAUGGCCGUGUCGCCGCACCGGGAAGAUGGAUCGAAGACAUUGUACUUCCACGCUUUGUCCGCCAUUCGUGAGUUCUCGGUGCCCACGAGCGUCCUGAAGAACGAGAGCUACGCAACGGCAGAUAAUUAUUAUUUGUUCACGAUGGUGGGCGAGAAAGGCCCGAACAGUCAGGGUACCUCAUCGACCAUUGACGCAGAGACGGGCAUCAUUUAUUUCUCGCAAAUCAACCGACACGGACUCGCCUGCUGGAACACUAAAGUGCCUCUGCAUCCGGGAUCCUUCAACUUGAUUACUCGGGAUCCAGAGAAUUUGGCUUUCCCCAACGAUUUGGCCAUUGAACCAGCUAGUAGAAAAUUAUAUACUUUGAUGAGCAAUGUGCCGAAAUUGAUGUACGAGCGAUUAGGCGAAAAUAAUAAGUUCAUCGUGUUCUAUCAGUCGUUGGAUACAGUCGGUCAUCACUGCCAAGCCUAAUUUCAGUCGUUAAUUACACUUCAUGAUUUAACCCAGGCUUGACCCCUUAGGUAAGUCUUAAGAAGCCCUAAUGUUGAUACAUCGUAUUCAAGAAUAGCUACUACUCUUCUAUAAAUGGUUGUACAAAAGUCUAUCUGAUUUUUCUUGCUCAUACCUAACUUUUCAGGAGGACAAAGCUUUAUAAAGGCUUGUAGUUUAUCUUCCCAAGUAAUACACUUUUCUAAACUUAUGUUGAGCUACAGUUAAGUAUUAUCAAAGUUACAAAAAUUAAUUUUAUUUUAAAUACAUAUUACACAUCAUGAUUCGCGGUUAAAGAAGUUGAAAUUCAAUAAUAAUUGUAAAUAAUAAUAAUUACCUGUGGAAUGACAGUAGGAGAUAUCACGUGCAUGAUCUCUCUUAAAGCCAUAUUUUGUAAUUUUGCUUCAGUGGUACCUCUAGUUUGAUAUGAUUGAAGAGCUUUUAAUUGAUACGGAGUACCAUCAA